AGGGACCGGCGCCUCAGGAGUGCGGCGGUAGCUGAGUGCUGUCGCCAUGUCUUCUUUGCAGGCUGAUUUUGGUAGGAUUGCAGAAGAUGUGAGGAAGCUGAAAACAAGACCAGAUGAUGAAGAACUGAAAGAACUCUAUGGGCUCUACAAACAAUCUGUAGUUGGAGACAUUAAUAUUGAGUGUCCAGGAAUGUUAGAUUUAAAAGGCAAGGCUAAAUGGGAAGCAUGGAACCUCCAAAAAGGGCGGUUGAAGGAAGAUGCCAUGAGUGCCUAUAUUUCUAAAGCAAAAGAGCUGAUAGAAAAAUAUGGAAUUUAAAGUUCAUCUAUGAGAAAGUUUUUCUUUUGAAGCCUUCAUAAUGGUAUCAUUUCUUAACAUCUAAGGAAGAAAUGCACUGUUAACUCUUUUCAUGUCAUGAGUAUGUUUGCUGUUAACAUGAAUUGUAAUCCUUAAUUAGAGGUAUGCUGAAACUAUUUAAUGAAAUUUUACUUGCUAAAACCAGGGGAUUUUUAAAAAAAGUAUUGCUCUGGUGGUAUGUCACAAAACAUUAACAAUUUUUUUUUUUUGGCUUAUCUGUUUUCUACAGUGAGUUAGUAUUAUUGAUAUGAUCAAAACAGUUUAUUAAGAACCAAUAACAAGGUUCUGCCUUUGUUACACUAUGUAACUUUGGGAUUCUCACUGGCUUGGGGCCUUGGAAAUCAUAAACAUACCUGGUUCCAGUCCAUACUCUGUAAUUUUUUACUAGGUGACCUGAGACAAAUUACUUAACCUUGCUAAGCCUCAACUAUAGAGUAGAGGCAGAAAAUCAGUCUCACAGCUUUGUAA